AUGCGCAACCUUGUCCUGAGGAGAUCCAGGAAACCAAAGAACAUGUACGCAGAGGAUGUGCGCAAGUUUGCCCUCACGGUACACUUUUACUCGGCAAAAGCAUACAAGUUCCUGCGGAAGCACGUUGGGCUGCCACACGCAAGUGCUCUUCGCAAAUGGGCCGUGGUGAUCGAUGGAAACCCAGGCUUCACCAGGGAGUCAUUCAACAGAGUAACACAAGAAGUUCAGAAGGGACGAGUUCUAGUCAGCUUGAUGGUUGACGAGAUGAGCAUCAAGAAACAAGUCGAUUGGGAUGGCAAAGAGGUCAUCGGGUACUGUGACCUGGGCCACGGCAUCCUCAACAACGACUGCGUCGCCUAUGCCAAGCAUGCACUUGUGUUUCUGGCAGUCGCAGUCAACAAAAGCUGGAAAAUCCCAUCGGGCUCUGCCCUCAUUGAUGGCCUGCAUGGCAACAUUCGGGCCAACCUUGUGCGCCAGUAUAUCACCAAGCUGGAGGAGGCCGGAGCAGAGAGGGUGUAUGGACUCUUGGAUGCCUGCCACAUGCUGAAACUAAUGCGCAACGUGCUCGCCGAGAAGCAAUGCAUCAGGGAUGGGGCAGCGCAAAAAAAAAUGAAGGUCUCCCUGGCGGCCCAAACCCUGAGUCGGUCAGUGAGCUGUGCCUUGCUGUAUUGUAAGGAGAAGGGCAUUCGAGGCUUCGAGGGAGUGGAGGCCACCACAGAGUUUGCAGCAGCAGUCGACAACAUCUUCGACCUGAGCAACUCCUGUCACCCACUUGGUCAUGGAAGCAAGGCCCCCAUUCGAGCCGUCAACAAGAACGCCAUGCUGACACGCAUUGACCAGGCUUUACACUGCCUCCGAGGCUUGAAGGACUUCACGGGCCAGCCACUGAGUCAAGGAGCAAGGAAGACUCCAAUCCUCGGCUUCCGGCUCGUCCUGGAGUCCAAUAAGGGCCUCGCUGAAGACCUGGUCUGGGGCCCAAGUCCACCACUCAGGUGCCUGCUGACGAGGAAGCUCAGCCAGGACCACCUGGAGCUGUUCUUUGCGACUGUGCAUAACAAGACGGGCAACAACGACAACCCAACAACACUCGAGUUCCGCUCUGCCUAUAGGAAGUGCCUGGUCGCCAAUGUCCAGCCCUCAACCCGAGGCAACUGCCAGGUCGACGGCACCGCAACACUCCUUGUCAGCUCGUCAGGGAAGGUGGCCGUAAACUUUUCCAAAGUAACCAAGUGUCCAGAAUGCUCCAUGAUUGUGCUGGUCACAAGCGACAAACGUGGACUGGUGCUUGCCGAAGAUGCUGGUGGCCUCCACAGCCUCACCCAGAAUGUCCUGCACUUGUGCACUAUAGAAAAAAAAGGUGCUUCGGCGAACCUUCGACAAGGUGGCCAAAAGAGGCCGAAACUGGCUCCCAAAGCUGCAGACUGA